UGAGAGAGAAAUGGGUAGCCCAAAGAAGGAACAGAGCAACGGCUUUUUCGCAGCCAUGAAUUCUGGCCUCUCCGUGUUCAGCAACGCCAUGCACCGAUCUGUUGGCGGAUGUACUACUCUUAAUCACUUCUUGAUUUGGCUUCCGUAAUUCGCCUUGAGCUGUGACAUUUUGAUCUUGCUUGUGAUCGGAUUCUUAUCAGACUCUUUCUCCUCGAAAUGUGUCUGUUUUCUUACACGUUUAUGUACUGCAUUGAAACGACUAUGAUUUGUUGGAUAUUUGGGUUUCCUUUGAUCAACAUUGUGAGUGAAUUGCUGAAUUUAGAGUUCCCUAUUAGGAUGAGGAUGCUGAAUUUGGGUUUGGAAGGGUUUUAGGUUAGUUGUAAGACACAAUGCAGCCUUUAUAUCAGUUCCUGAAUUACGAUGCAAGUUGGAUUCUUAACUUGAGCUAGUGUUUUAAUCAGCCGAUGAGGCGGAUUAUGUUGGUGUUUAUAAUUAGGACACUUACAAGGGUGUGUUUGUGUACUUAUCGAAGAUGAAUGCGGUCCUACCACUUUCCAUUUGAAUAAAUCAUUUAGUCAUUUAAAUUGAAAAUUAAUGUGCAGAUUGUCUGGAAUCAGUAUUAGAGGUUCUUGCCAUAUGAUUAUCAUCAAUAUUUUAUUUUUCUAUAAAUAUUCGAACAAAGACAUGCUUAUUAUCAUCUAAGCAAUGGUGCCUUGGAUAGUAGUCCAGUAAUUUGUAGGCAGGCCUAUGACUUGGAAUGCAAUUCUUAAUUUAAUAUGGAUAUUGGUGUAAACUCGCCCUUACUUUUAUUUAUUUUUUAAAAUUGUUAAAAAAAAUAUAAAGAAUUUUUCAGACAGCCCAAAUAGAUUGGUUCUCUUUAGGGAGGUGAUUUUCGUGUCUGCUGAAUCUCUAGUUGAGGCCAUUAGUUUCAUUUAUGUAUAACUUGCAUGUUCACUGUUCUUGUACUCCAUAUACAAGGGCACUUUUGGUGUACUUUUCUUGCACUACAUUCAUUUUCUUGUGUACCAGUUAUUGAGAAAACUAUGCCCUGGCCCUGAUGAUAUUAAGGAAUGAGAUCUGUCAGUUGAGAAUCUGGCUCUCCUGUUGCUUUUAGGUUGCUUGGUUAUGAAGGGGUGGAAGUCAUAAAUCCAGAGGGAGGCAAAGAAGAUGCAGAGGAGGAAGCUUAUAGAGGAAGAUGGAAGCAGGAGGUGUACUGUUUUUUCCAUUUGUACAUUUGAUCUUUCAAGGGAUGUGCUGCUCUUAGUUAUCAUAUGCUUGAUGAUAAGUUGGCUAUUAGGAGAACGAGAUAGUUACUGGAGGAUGAUGCAGAAGUAUAUAGGUUCAGAUGUAACAUCAAUGGUGACUCUUCCUGUACUUAUUUUUGAGCCCAUGACAAUGCUGCAGAAAAUGGCCGAGUUAAUGGAGUAUUCGAACUUGUUGGAUCGCGCAGACGAAUGUGAGGAUCCUUAUUUGCGGUUGGUGUUUGCCACGUCAUGGGCUAUAUCCGUCUACUAUGCCUACCAGCGAACAUGGAAGCCAUUCAAUCCUAUCCUUGGGGAAACUUAUGAAAUGGUUAAUCACUCAGGGGUUACAUUUAUUGCAGAGCAGGUGAGUCAUCAUCCACCAAUGAGUGCUGGGCAUGCUGAAAAUGAGCAUUUUGCUUAUGACGUGACAUCAAAGCUGAAAACUAAAUUUUUAGGCAACUCUGUUGAUGUUUACCCUGUUGGAAGAACACGCGUUACUCUUAAAAGAGAUGGUGUAGUCUUAGACUUAGUGCCACCUCCCACAAAGGUAAACAACUUAAUAUUCGGCCGGACGUGGGUUGAUUCACCAGGGGAGAUGAUCAUGACCAAUCUGACGACUGGGGACAAAGCUGUGCUAUAUUUUCAGUCAUGUGGCUGGUUUGGAGCUGGGCGCUAUGAAGUGGAUGGAUAUGUUUACAAUGCUGCUGAGGAACCUCAGAUAUUGAUGACUGGGAAAUGGAAUGAGUCAAUGAGUUAUCAACCAUGUGAUAUGGAAGGGGAACCCCUUCCAGGAACAGAAUUAAAAGAGGUUUGGCAUAUUGCUGAUGCUCCAAAAAAUGACAAAUUUCAGUACACAUAUUUUGCACAUAAAAUAAAUAGCUUUGACACCGCUCCUAAAAGGUUGUUGGCAUCAGACUCUCGUUUGCGGCCUGAUAGAUGUGCACUUGAGAAAGGUGAUCUAUCCAAAUCAGGUGCAGAAAAGAGCAGAUUGGAGGAGAGGCAGAGAGCCGAAAAGAGAGAACGAGAGGCCAAGCAUCAUCAGUUUACACCACGAUGGUUUGACUUGACUGAGGAAGUUACACCUACACCUUGGGGUGACUUGGAAGUCUAUCAAUAUAACAAUAAAUACAAUGAACACCGAGCAGCAGUCGAUAGCUCUGACUCUAUUGAUGAGGUUGAUGUUAAACUAAUUGAAUUCAACCCAUGGCAGUAUGGUAAUUUGUCUGCAGAAUGAGGUAUGCCUACCUUUGUGUUACCUUGUUGGAUUGUGCUGCUAGUUCAUUGGAACUUUUAGCUUGUGGAAGCAGUUUGUUGGCUGUUGGCCUGUGUACAUUGUACCCCCAUUCCAUAAUCCUAUUUUUGGUUUUGUUUUCCUGUUUGUUACUGAUAUCUCCUAGUGUACGAAAGAGAGAUGGAAAGAAGUAGAAGAAAGGUUAUGUAAGUCUCUUUGGUUAACGCUAUGAUACUUGGGUGAUGCCUUGCCUUGCCAGCUCCUUCGACGUGUUCUAGAAGCAGCUAUGUGCAUGGGGCAACAUCUCUGCUCUGAGUGAAGACUUCCCAUAUGGUGUCAUUGGUUUCACCCGUCUAAACAUGGACAUGUUUCUUCUUCUAUCUUCAUCAAGUUGAUGUAUAACUUCACGGGUGCCGGAGCAGGGAUUUUAAAAAAAAAGUCUUUUUUACAAAAUAUGGAUUUUUUGUUUCCCAUUUAUAUAUGGUGGUUAAUACAUAAGCGGUUACUUUUCAUCUCA